AUGAAGUUGACUCAGGCUCUGAUGCCCGUUGCGGGCUUGUUCGCUGCCGUGAACGCGUGGGGCGAGACAGGCACUUACUGGACGACUGUCGUCACCACUGCCUACACCACCUACUGCCCCUCUCCGACGACUUUUGUACUUUCUAACGUGACCUACACUGCAACCUCGGAGACAACCCUCACCAUCACCAACUGCCCUUGCACCAUCUCGGUCUCACAGCCUCCUCCAGUCACCACCACGUCGUACUGCACUGAGGAGACCAGCAAGCCCGGCCCCACGGGUACCGGUUCCAAGGCCUGGCCAACCUAUGGCAACUCUAGCAUCGUUGUCACCUACACCCCGCCAGCUUCGACUUACAUCUCUGGAACAAUUCCCAUCACCAAGACCUCCUCAGCUACCAAGACCCCAGUUGCGCCCACUACCUCGCACACGCCUGUCGUCGUCCCGACCGCUGCCGCAGCCAAGGUCGGGCCGGCUGGUGCGCUUCUGGCUGUCGGUCUGGUUGCGAUGGCUCUGUAG